AUGUCGAACUUCGCUCUACAGAUCGACUGCCAGGCCGCUCCAGCGACCGCCAAAUCGGAUGCUGGCAUAGCAGGCGCUGGCGUUAUCCUCGCCUUCAUCAUUACCGCCGGCCUCGCCCUCAUCGCCUCUAGCUUCAUCGUCAUUUCCGAGAUUCGAGGCAGAAACUCUCGGAAUAUAUCACGAAAGAUCCUCAGCGGCUUGUCCGAUCAAAUGCUGGUGGAAGGCAUAGCCAUCCAAGUCGUGGGUUUGGCGAGGAUUUACUCCACCGUUCCGUAUCACUUCUUCAUCAUAUGGAUGUUGUCUCUGCUGUCCACAGCGACCAACUUCGCAGCACUUCUGGCGCUGGUCCAAGACUUGAAACGCGACUGGGUCUUGAGGUGGCUGAGACAGUUCGCCAUGUUUGUCAAUAUGGUCUUGGGCAUCACGUUCGGUAUCUUCAUCUUGAAGACCAACGUCGACAAGUUAGCACCCACGUUGCCUAUGGCGUGUGUGUGGCAGGCGCACCAACAGGACGGAGCAGCGCAAGGAAACCAGGCCCUGAGUAUCGUGGGCACAAGUGUGGUCAUUGCGGCCGCCUGUAUUAUCUUCGUGCUCGGAACGUGGUACUUGCAUUUGCGAAGACAAAUUUGGGGCAAGACUGUACGGCUCAUGUCGCUGAUCGUUCUCAUGGCUAUCGCUAUAGGGGUCACUGUCCGAGUGAUCCUCAUAGCUCAAGCAUUGGGCGGCACGCCAUCGGUGAAUCUUGCGGAUCGAGGAGAAACAGAAUGGACAUUUGGUCAGCUCUUGACGAUGCUACUCUUGAUCCUGCCCUUUAUCUCGGCAUUGGAGAUCUUUAGAGGACAAAUGCAAGUGCCGCACGCGAAUGCAUACGGGGACUCGGAUCAAAUGCCCCUAACCAGUGGCGACGGUGCUGAGCUCAAGCCAGUGCCUGACAAGUACACCUUCCAGCCGAACCCCUUUCUUAGAUCAUAAAGUAGUGUUGCAGUCCUUGAGAUACCCUUUAGCAUGCAGCAAAU